AUGGUGGUAGCCCCAGCCUGGGCUCAGGUUGCCAGGCUCCGGGUCUGUUCCGCUGCCAGGCGGGGAAAGGCGUGCCGGCCAAGUGUAUCCCCCAGAACUGGCGCUGUGACGGGGACAGAGACUGCCCGUUGGGCGAGGACGAGACAAACUGCACCGUGGUCCAGUGCGGCAGUGAGCAGUUCCGGUGUAACCGGUCCCACGUACUAGCCUGUGUGCCCAAGGCCUGGAAGUGUGAUGGCGAGCCCGACUGUGACCAGGGCGAGGACGAGGCCGCCGACCUCUGUGGGAUCGUUAAGAAAGGAUCCCGUUCUCGAGAUUUGAACGAAUGUGAGUACGACUCGUUCUGCGACCAGAUGUGUGUGAAUCAUGUACCAGGCUAUAGCUGCUCCUGCCUGCCAGGAUACCAACUGGUCGGGAAGGGGUUGUGUCAGAUCCCAGAGGACUCUUCAGCCAAGUUAGUGGUAGCCAACUAUUUCAAUGUGGAGUUAUCAACUCUCAAUAAGGGCUUGGACGGCUUGAGUUCUACUGGGCAGCAGGAGAUACCUGGACAUCGGGUCACAGCUCUCGAUGUGGAUGUGGCCAACAACACUGUGUGCUGGAUCACCUACAUGCCCAAGGACAAAUCUUCAAGAUUCUGGUGUGCCAACGUGGUCAAGCCAACGGAGACCUGGGAAGUACCCCUGCCCUUCAGCCUGGACAGUGUUCGCUAUGUGGCCAAGGACUGGCUGUCUGGUAACUGGUAUUUCUCUGAUGAGACUCGUCAGAUGAUCUUCAUGUGCAAUGCUCUGGGCGACUACUGCCAGAUCGUGCUGUCUGUUGGGGUGAAGCGGCCUAAAAGUAUCGUAGUGGACCCCACCAAAGGAUACCUCUUUUACUCUGACUGGUCUUCCACUGCCAAAAUUGGCCGUAUGAAUCUGGAUGGCUCUGAGCUGAAAAUUUUGGCAAGCAACAAGCUGACUCACCCCAAUGGCCUGACGGUGGAUCUGGCUAAGUCGCAGCUGUAUUGGGCUGACUCUUUCCUCAAUGUGGUGGAACGUGUUGACUACCAGGGGAACACGAGGACGAUCAUCGCCAAGGGAAACGAUGUGGCACACAUCUUUGGCAUGACUAUCCUAGAGAACUAUCUGUACGUGGCCAACCACCUCAACAACAGCAUAAUCCGCGUCCACCGCUACAACACCAGUGUCCCCAACCGCGUGGUCAGCACCAUGACCAAACCCGCAUCCAUGAAGAUCUUCCAUCCUGUUGCUCAGACUUUUGACCAGGCAGAUCUGUGCACCAAAGUGAAGUGUGAGCACUUGUGUGUCCCGAUUCCCAGUAGUGGUGGGCCGACGUCUGUGAACGCUUCCUGUAUGUGUCGCCUGGGCUUUGUGAAAAUUGACGGAAAGUGCCAGGCGGUCACCUCCUCCAGGUUUCUCCUGCUGACCAAUGUGAGACAAGGGAUGGUCCACACGGUGUCUGUUGACCCAGGCCAGGCUCCCAGAGACCUGUACCCUCCCAUCAACAACUUGGCACAGCCCAACGCUGUGGACUUUGAUGCCUCCAAAGAGUACAUCUACUUUGCUGAUGUUUUCUCCUCGACUGUUGGAAGGAGGAAGUUCAAUUCUGAUGAACCGGUGGAAAUCUUGCCGAUCAAAGGUCUCAACUGUGAUGGUCUAGCUGUGGACUGGGUUGGUCAAAACCUGUACUGUGCUGACCAUGGGCGGAGCAAGAUCUUUGCCGUCAGUCUGCGGGACAUGAGUCAAGUGACCACUAUACUGGAUGCAAGCAAAGUGGACGGCAUGAGCUUCAGUCCAAAGGCUCUAGCUGUAGAUCCCCUCAAUGGGUUCCUGUAUUGGACCAACUGGGCGUUGCCAGUGGGGAACGGCAGUGUGAGUUGCUCGGGUCUGGACGGUAGUCAGCCCACAGAGCUCCAGGAGGGAGGUUUCCACUGGCCACACGGAAUCUCCCUGGACGUUCCAGAGCAGAAACUUUAUGUCUCCGAUGCUUUCUAUGACAAGAUUGUCACAAUGAAGACUGACGGGUCCGAGAUGACGGAACUCAUCAGUUUCAAGGACAAUAACCAGUAUCCGUUUGGGAUCAGCAAAGUGGACAAUCUUCUGGUGUGGGCUGAGUCAAUGAACGGCAGCCUCAUGCAGUUGGACCUGGACACUGGCUACAGUUCUGUCCUGCGCAAUAACAGUGCCCCUAUCCUGGAUGUGAAACUCUAUGACAGCAAACUACAAACACCACUAGCCAACCACCCAUGCUCCACCAACAAUGGAGGCUGCAGUGACCUGUGUCUGCUGACCCCUGAGGGUGGCCGAGUGUGUCGCUGUGCUGAUGGGAGAGAGACCUCUGACAAUGGGGUCACAUGUACUGGGAAAGUUUCAAGUCUGGGCUGUGCCCGGUCAGACGACUUCCAGUGUGAUGAUGGCCAGUGUGUCCGUGGCCACGCCAAGUGUAAUGGUAUAGUGGAGUGUGCUGACCGCUCGGAUGAAGCCAUAGACUCAGGGGCUAAGUGCAAUGUCAGCAUGCCCUGCAGCGAGGACAUGUUCAACUGCAACGGCUCUGAGUGCAUCUACAAGCACUUUGUCUGUGAUGGUGAUCAGGACUGCAAGUUUGGAGAGGAUGAAGAUGACGAGCUGUGUAAUUCCCACACAUGUGGCCCAGACCAUGUCCAGUGCCCGGGCAGCAAGCAGUGCAUCCACAGCUCAUGGCUGUGUGACGGGGAGAAGGACUGUCAGGACGGCUCAGACGAGGGCAACCAUUGCUGCACUGAUGGAGUUUGUGAGAAAGAGUCUUGUGGAGUAGACAUGUUCACCUGUUUUGACGGCCGCUGUAUUAACUUUGAGUUCCGCUGCGACAAUGAGUACGACUGUACAGAUCACUCAGAUGAGCUCAACUGUGACCACUGGUGUGAUCCAGUGCGAGAGUUCAAGUGCGUCAACGACAGCUUCUGCUUGUCCCAGAUUUUUGUCUGUGAUGGAGAACGCAACUGUCGUGACGGCUCGGAUGAACUCGACUGUGAGAUCCAUAAACACCCAUGUCACAGUGAUGAGUUUGCUUGCCAAGAUGGGACCUGUCUGCGCAAAGAAUUCCACUGUAACGGAAACAAGGACUGCUUUGAUGGCUCCGAUGAGUUUGAUUGUGCCAAAAACAUAUCUCUGAGCUCGAGGACGUGCCAUGCCACAGAGGUACUGUGUGACGACGGGUCCAAGUGUAUCCCAUCCUGGUGGAGGUGUGACAGAGAUCUUGACUGCCCUGACCACUCGGACGAGAAGGACUGCGUCAAGGAAUGUGUGCCGCCAAACUUUGCUUGUGUGAAGCACCCAAACAUUUGCCUGCCUCCGGAACGUCUAUGUGACAGCAAAAAUGACUGUCCUGACUACUCUGACGAGGGAAGACUUUGUGCGGUGGACAUCUGUGAAAAGUGGGACAUCUGUAGCCAGGAGUGCACCUUCCUUCAGCGUGAGCAUUACUGUUCCUGUCACAAGGGCUACACAUUGCAAGAAGACAAGUACAGCUGUAAGCCAGAUGAUGGUAAUCCAGUGUUCAUCAUCUUCUCCAACCGGCAUGAAAUCCGACGUCUGAACGUACAGGACAAGUCGGUGACCUCCCUGGUGUCUGGCCUCAGGAACACCAUUGCUCUCGACUUUCACUAUAACAAGUCGCUUCUCUUCUGGACGGAUGUCAUUGACGACAAGAUUUACCGCGGCACCAUCAGCAGCAACACUGUGAUCAACAUGGAGCCUGUCAUUGAGUUUGGCCUGGCCACCACAGAGGGUGUGGCCGUGGACUGGGUGGCCGACAACAUCUACUGGGUGGAGAGUAACCUGGACCAGAUAGAGGUGGCCAAGCUGGACGGGACCAACCGGGCCACGCUUGUGGCCAGCAACAUGACCAGUCCUCGGGCCAUCGUUCUGGACCCUAGUGUCGGCAAACUGUUUUGGACAGACUGGGAUGGGGCUUUCCCAAGAAUUGAAUCUUGCUCUAUGGCUGGUGAGGCUCACACUCGGAAAAUAAUCUAUGACAUCCGAGAACACAAGGGGGCUGGCUGGCCCAAUGGACUGGCGGUUGACUUUGAGUCAAAGAGGCUGUAUUGGGUAGAUGCCAGGCUAGACUCGAUCCACAGCAUCACAUAUGAGGGCGAGGACCACCACCUAAUCCUCAAGUCACACCGCAACCUGAACCACCCGUUCUCGGUGACAGUGUUUGAGCAUUAUGUCUACUGGACGGACUGGCGGUUCAACUCACUAGUUAUGGCCAACAAGUUCAAUGGUUCGGACGUGCAAGUCAUCCAGCGGACAUACACCCAACCGUUUGACCUGCAAGUCUUCCACAAGAUGAGGCAACCAGAAAUGUUCAACCCAUGUAAAGAUUCUCGCUGCAGCCACCUGUGUCUUAUUGGUGACAAACUGAUGCCGGUCUGCGGUUGUCCUCACAGAUACAAGCUGUCUGCCGAUGACAUCACGUGUGAACGGGACAACACAUUCCUUCUUUUUGCCAAAGAGAAUGAAAUCCGGGGUGUGGAUCUGGACAACGCACACCACAACGUUAUCCCAUCUAUUACUGUGCCUUUUGUGGAGAAUGCAUCUGCCAUCGACUAUAUGGAGGAGCAGCUGUACUGGACUGACAUGAAGAAGAAUGUCAUUUCAAGUGCUUUCCUCAAUGGCACAGGGAUCACAACUGUCAUUGACUCUGGGCUGUCCAACCCGCUGGCAUUUGCCAUUGACUGGAUGUCUCGCAAUAUGUAUUUUUCCUCCUACACGGAGACCGAAGCCUCCAUCUCUGUGGCUCAGCUGGAUGGAGCUUAUCGCAAGGAGAUUUACAAGAAAACGUACUCCAAGCCAAACUCCCUGGCUAUUCAUCCAUCCCUGGGGCUGAUGUUCUGGUCUGAUGUUGGUGGUGAGGCUCACACCAUUUGGAAAGCUCGCAUGGACGGCCAGCAUUCUAGGGUGUUUGUCACUGGAGACGAGGUCCAGAAACCAGCAAGCUUGACCCUUGACCUGGAUGCUGACCAUCUGUACUGGAUCAGCCGUGAUGCGGGGGCCAUCUUCUGGUGUAACAUUCGUGGCACAGAGUUGUGCCAGCCCCAGAGGAAGCAGGAAGUGCCCAUUGAGGCGCCCAUUUCCAUGACCAUCUACAAUAAGGUCAACAAGCUCAACAAGAAGGAGCAGGUCCUCUUCUACGCCAACUACACCAACAUCUUCAAGUACCAUAAUGGACAACAGAAGAUCAUGAGGAACGAUACGCCUACGAUCUACGACCUACGAGUUUACGACCCCAGCAGUCGGAAAGCAAAGGAGAACAACUGCACCAAGAACAAUGGUGGCUGUCAACAGCUGUGUCUGCCCUCUGGUGGCGGGCGGGUGUGCGCGUGUACCCUGGGUUACUGGGCCGACGGCAACUUUUGUAAAGGCAUCGACACGUUCCUGCUCUUUUCCCAAGCUUCGGAGAUCCAUGGGUUGACACUGAUCAACCAGACAGGUGCACUGGCCCCCAUCUCCAAGAUAUCACAGGCUGCCUCGGUGGACUUCCAUGCCAAGAAAGGCUACAUCUACUGGGUGGACAGUGACCGGCGUCUUAUCUCCCGGAUCAAGCGAGAUCUCAGUGGCCGCGAAACUGUUGUGUCGGAGGGCAUCUCAGGGGCGGAGUCGCUGGCUGUGGACUGGAUCGGAGAUAAUGUGUACUGGACUGACCAGGGCCAUGGUACCAUCGAAGUAGCCAAGCUGGAUGGCUCCAAGAGAUAUGUGCUCAUGCAUGAGAACAUUGAGAAACCAGGCUCCAUCAAGCUGCACCCAACCAAGGGCUACAUGUACUUCGCUGACAGAGGGAGUUACCCGAGGAUUGUGCGGGCUCGACUCGAUGGCUCUGAACGAGAAGACUUUGUUGUGUCCACCGAGGACAUGCCGGUCAAGUCGCCCUACGGUCUGGCCGUUGACUACGAGACGGAUGACCUCUUCUGGUGUGACAAGGACCUGAACAAGAUUGAGAGGGUCAGCCCUGCAGGGGAGAGGCAUACGCUGCUGGCGAUCAACCUCACCGACUGUAUGAGCUUGGCUGUGUACGGAGACGAUGUCUACUACGCAGACAGCACGGACCUGAACGGUUCCAUCAAGUACGUCCACAAGAACGGAGUGAAGGGUAUCCAAGUCCUCAAACAGAACAUCACCAACCUCAAGGACAUCAAGGUCUUCGACGCUAAAGUGCAAACAGGAAGCAAUAAAUGCAAAGAGAACAACGGAGGUUGCCAGGAGCUAUGUCUGUACCGUGGCGAGGGUGCCGCCACAUGUGCAUGCUCCUAUACUGAACUAGCUGAGGAUGGAAGGACUUGUCAAUCAUACGAUGCCUUCCUGCUGUACUCGGAGGUGACCUCUCUCAAGAGUCUCCUGCUGGACAACUCCACCAACCCUAAUGCCCCGCGCAAACCCAUCAGCAACGGGACUGGGAUGAAGAAUGUCAUUGGGCUAGCCUUUGACUACACGGCUCAACGAAUCUUCUUCAGUGACAUCCAGCAAGGCAAUAUUCAGUCAGUCUUCUUCAACGGAACAGGCUUCCAGAAAGUCAUGUCAGGAGUGGGCUCAGCAGAGGGCCUGGCCUUUGACCCAAUGCAGCAACACCUGUACUGGACCAGCUACUCGGGCUCCACAAUCAACCGCCUGAGCUUCAGCAAACAGAGCACCAUCAGCAACAGUCAUGAGAUAGUAGUGCAGCUGGACAGCCACGACCAUCCCCGAGACAUUGUGGUCAGUGCAUGCAAGAGACGUAUUUUCUGGACCAACUGGAGUGACCGACGUCCAUCCAUCCAGACGGCAAUCAUCAACAACCAGUGGAAAGGAAAAUUCAUCACAGAGUCCAUUAUUACGGACCAGAUCCGAACCCCCAAUGGCCUGGCCAUUGACCACCGUGAGCAGAAAUUGUACUGGUCAGAUGCCCGGCUGGACAAGAUUGAACGAUGCAACUUUGAUGGCACCGGCAGAGUGGUACAGUAGACCCAUGUCAUAACAACUCCUAUGGGUGUGCUGAAAUCUGCACCAUCGCUGAUAAUGGACAGCCCAUGUGUGAGUGUGGGAAAGACAAGAAGCUACUGCCCGAUGGAAAGCGAUGCGUGUUGGGCCUUGUGGAGAAUUGUGGGCUGGAUGACUUUGUGUGUGAGGACAGUCGCUGGUGUAUCUCCUAUGACAAGACCUGUAAUGGAGUAGCCGACUGCCUGGAUGCCAGUGACGAGUCUGAGCAGUUCUGCUCCACCAGGAAGUGCCCUGCGUCGUUCUUCUCUUGCUCGGGUCGCGGCAACCACCGCUGUGUUGCAAUGUCCUUGGUGUGUGAUGGCAAGAACGACUGCGGCGAUGGUUCGGACGAGAACUCCUGCCCGUGCGGCACCAAUGAGUUCCAGUGCGCUAAUGGCAUGUGCAUUCAGGACAAGUACAGAUGUGACUAUGACAAUGACUGCCCAGACCAUUCAGAUGAGAUUGGAUGCAACAACACCUGUGAGGAUGUGAAGAUCUCUGGCGUGAAGCACCAUGGCCUCAUCCCGUGCAAUACCACCUCAAUGUGCAUCUAUCCCAGCUGGGUCUGCGAUGGGAGCAAUGACUGCUGGGACAACAGUGAUGAGGCCAACUGUAACAACACUGGUUGUUCUGAUGAUGCUUUCAAGUGCGACAAUGGUCACUGCAUCCUGCCACAGUGGCGCUGCGACCAGGACCAGGAUUGUUCCGAUGGCUCGGACGAGGCCAACUGUACAGGUAUCAUGUGUGAGAAAGGACAACACGAAUGCCACAACGGCUGUAUCCCCCAGUCCUGGGUCUGUGACGGCCAUGUCGACUGCCACGAUAAUUCUGAUGAAGAUGAGGAUCUCUGCAAACAACACACGUGUUCGGAGGCCCAGUUCCGAUGUUCCACGGGUCGCUGUAUCCCACUUGAGUGGCUCUGUGAUGGAGACAGUGACUGCCCUGGAUCGGAGGAUGAACAAGAAGGCAACGCAACACACUGUGCCCCAGUCAAAUGUAACCCAGACCAGUUCAUGUGUCUGAACCGGCGUUGUAUCCUGUCCGAGUUUUACUGUGAUGGAGAGAAUGAUUGUCACGACAACUCAGACGAGCCAGAUACUUGUGUGUAUCAAGAGUGUGCUGAGGAUGAAUACCGAUGUGGCAGCAAGAACAAUUUCCACUGCAUCGGUGCUUCGAAGCGCUGCGACGGCAAGAUUGACUGCCGAGACCACUCAGACGAGAAAGACUGCCCCCGCCCUGGAGAGGCGGAUGGGAUCAAGAAUACGUGCAAGGACCCAUCCCAGUUCCAGUGUGACAACCUAAUGUGUAUUGAUGAGAAGUUGGUGUGUAACGGGAGGAACGACUGCCAGGACAACUCGGAUGAACCGUCCAUCUGUGGUCUGGAUGAGUGCAAGUCCAAGAAGUGGCCGCUGUGUGGGCCGAGGGGCAAGUGUAUUGACAAGAAGAUUGGCUACGAGUGUGAGUGCUACCCUGGCUAUCAGGUGGAGGCCCUGACCCCCAGCAGCAAGCCUGGCUCACACUAUAGGAAGUCAUGUGUUGACGUGGACGAGUGCAGUGUCAGUUUUCCCUGCAGCCAUUACUGUGACAACAAAGUGGGUUCCUUCUCCUGUAGGUGUGCUGAAGGCUACAGACUGCACUCGGAUGGGAGGACUUGUGUUGUUACUGAUGGUAUCCCGCCUCAGCUCCUGGUGUCGAACCGCUACCACCUGCGUCUUAUCAACACCAACAAGCUCAACCAGAUGUACACCCUGACCAGCAACCUGAGCAACUCUGUGGCUGUGGACUUUGACUGGCAGGAGCAGGUCGUCUUCUGGUCCGACAUCACACGAGAGAAGAGCAGUAUCUCCCGCAUGGCCUAUGACUUUAGGACACACAAGGCUGGGGAGGUGAAGUCUCUGCACAGCACCACAGUGCGUAAUCCUGACGGUUUGGCUGUAGACUGGGUUGGCCGCAACCUCUACUGGUGCGACAAGAACACAGAUACCAUUGAAGUCUCCCAGCUGGAUGGAAGGUACCGGAAAGUUCUGCUCCGAGAAGGACUUAAUGAGCCGCGAGCCCUAGAGGUGUUCCCUAAGAAGGGUCUCCUUUUCUUCACGGACUGGGGUGAUGUCCCUUACAUUGGUCGACUGAACAUGGAUGGCACGGGUAUGCGAAAGAUCAUCAAUGAGAGCAUCGCCUGGCCCAAUGCGCUCACCAUCGAUUAUAUCACGGAGAAGAUCUUCUGGGGCGACGGAAACCUCGACUACAUCGGCAUGGCUGAACUGGACGGUAGCAAUCCGCAGGUCAUUGGGAAUAACCGCAGGACACCGCAUAUUUUUGCACUGACUACAUUCCAAGGCUUUUUGUACUGGACAGACUGGGAGAGCAAAAGUGUCUUGACUGCACCUGUCUACACUGACACCAACGCCAAUAUUUCUAAGGUGGUCAGUGUACAGGACCGGCCCAUGGACAUCCAGAUCGUCCACCCACUUCGACAGGCUCCAGUUGUGGACAGGUUUGGCAAAAAUCCGUGCGAGUACAAGAACUGUGACAAGCUCUGCCUGCUGCGCCCAGGGACCCACGGUCAUGAGGUGGAAGCUGUCUGCGGCUGUCCAGAGCACUUCUACCUGGCUGCAGACGGAAGGUCUUGCAUUGAGAACUGUACCAGGACCCUAUUACUGUGCCCAUCACGGCAUGUUCCAGUGUGCCAGUGCCACUUCUGCCAAGGACUGUCUGCUGCCCCUACGGAUCUGUGACGGAGUUGCUCAGUGUCAGGAUGGCUCGGAUGAAAGCAACUGCUCUACGUACACAUGCAUGGAGCACUUUGUCAAGUGUCGUGCGGACAACAAAUGUAUCCCCAAGUCCCAGUUCUGUGACGGGGUUCCCCACUGCUCCGACCACGAAGAUGAACUCAACUGUGAGAACAAUUCUUGUCCUGAGAGUAUGUUUAACUGCACCAACGGCAAGUGUGUGCCUUAUGUGUGGAAAUGCGACAAUGACAACGACUGUGGGGACAACAGUGACGAGCCAGCUGACUGCAAGUCGGUCACUUGCAAGGAGGGUCACUUCAAGUGUAAGGGAACCGGCAAGUGUAUCCCAGAGCCAUGGAAGUGUGACGGGGAUCAGGACUGUGGUGAUGAUGAUGACUCUGAUGAGGCUCAGGACAUUUGCAGUACUCAGACUUGCAACCCCUCCAACUUCCGCUGCCUUAAUGGUCACUGCAUCCCUGGUCGAUGGCGCUGCGACAAUUACGAUGACUGCCAGGACCACUCGGACGAACAGGGCUGUGGUGUUCGCGAGUGUUAUGACAAUGAGUUCAAGUGCACCAACGGACGCUGUAUUCCUAAGUCACUGGCCUGCAAUGGCGUGACUGACUGUCCCGAUGGAAAUGAUGAAACCAGUUGCGAUCUGAAAUGCGACAAUGCGACAGAGUUCCAGUGCCAGCGACCGGCUGAGUGCAUCUCUCUGACCUGGAAGUGUGACGGAGAGAUUGACUGUGAGGAUGGCACGGACGAGUGGACCUGUCCUAACCGUGAGUGCUCCCAUCUGGAGUUCAAGUGCAGCAACUCUGUCUGUGUGCCAAAGCAGUUCCGAUGUGACAGUGACAAUGACUGCGGGGAUAACAGCGACGAGGAAAGAUGCGAUGAAAUUGCCUGCCCACCUGGUCGGUUCCGCUGCAAGGAUCACACGUGUAUCUGGAGCAGCAUGGUGUGUAACAAUGAGAAGGACUGCGCUGGUGGGGAGGAUGAGAGUCAUGACUUGUGCUCGUUUGUGAAGAACUGCACCUGGCCCAACGUGCUUUGUGAGUCCAAGCUGGAGUGUAUCCAGCCCAAGCAGGUCUGUGACUCGCACCAGGACUGUCUUGACGGCUCUGAUGAGGACAGCAAACUGUGCAACUCCCUGAACACGACUCGCACAGACAGCUGCAAAGAGUUCAACGGUGGCUGCGAGCACCAUUGUAAAGACACUCAGUAUGGCCCACAGUGUUCCUGCAAGAUCUACCACAAGCUCAACGCUGAUGGACUCUCCUGCUCUUUGGACAACCCGUGUGAGCACUACCAUGCCUGCUCCCAGCACUGUGAGUUCCACUCCUACAAGAUCAACUGUAGCUGUGAGAAAGGCUUUGAGCGGAGGAUCUUUGACAACAACGCCACCCUGUCCACCUGUGUUGCAACAGGAGAAGAGCCCCAUAUGCUGAUCGUAGAGAAAGGCAAUGUCCUGCUGAAGAGCCAGCUCAGUUCCUCUUCUGCACCCAAGGCUUUCAUCCCAAAGAAUGAGAGUAAUGUGAUCAUCUCCAUUGAUGUGGAUAUCGCCAAGGACACCGCCUUCUUCAUCAACCACACUGGAAUGACCUUUAACCUCAUGAAGCAGACGGAUCUGACCUGGUCAAGUCAGCAGAACAAGAGGAGGAGGAGGAGGAGUAUGGUCUCCUUUGCCAAACCUCCAGAAGCCCUGAAGACACCUGGCUUUGAGGUGCGCAGCGUUGCUGUGGACUGGGUGGCCAACAUGUUGUAUCUGACAGACGCCACCAACAAAGGCAUCUACGCCUGCAACUACAACUGUCAGCGUGGCAAGACGGUGGUGGAGGGCAACAUUGAUGAGCCUCACUCAGUGGUGGUGGAUCCCAUGGCGGGCUUCAUCUUCUGGACUGACCGUGGAAAUGUGCCAAAAAUAGAACGCAGCAACCUGGACGGUUCUGAGCGGCUAGUGGUUGUGUCCACUGAGAUGUCCUGGCCUAAUGGCCUGGCUGUGGACCGAGUGCGGCGCUGGCUGUACUGGGCCGACUCUAAGAAAAAGACCAUCGAGGUGGCCAAGUACGAUGGCACACGCAGACAGACUCUCUACUCAGCUAGGAUGUUCAAAGACGACCCGCCGUUCGCUGUGGAGGUGUUUGAGGACUACCUGUACGUGCUGACUUUGUACGAGGGCAAGGCCCUCAAACUGAGCAAGUUCCACGACUCUCUCGGCCUCCCUGCCCCCAAGGCCACACUCUUUUCCAUCCUGCACCACGUCAGGGAUUUAGUCAUCGUCCAGGAGAACAAGCAGCCCAAAGUGAGUUCCCACUGCAACAGCAGCACCUGCCCUGCCUCCCAGAUUUGCUUCAACACACCGGAGAAGGGCCACGUGUGUCACUGCCCAGAUAAGCCUGUCAUGGAGGAUGGAAACUGUUCUUCUGCGGCGGAGCCCACGUGUGAUGGCUACUGCCUCAAUGGGGGAGACUGUACCCAGGGCAAGGGAAAAGUCAAGUGCAGCUGCCGACAAGACUUCACAGGUGACCGCUGUGAGAAGUACGCCUGCACUGGUUACUGUCAAAAUGAUGGCAUCUGUGAGAUGAUCACUGGGGACUCGGGGAGAGAACCUCACUGCUUGUGUCCUCCCAACUACACAGGCAAGAAGUGCGAGACAGCACGGAAAGAGGACGAGUGGUGCUCCCAGGUGUGCAACAACCGCGGCAAGUGUGUCACCGAGAAGGGGGGUUAUGUCACCUGCAAGUGCUCACAAGGAUUUACAGGCAAGCGCUGUGAGCAGUGCACUGACUUCCACUGCCACAAUGGGGGCAAAUGUAUCAAGGACAAGCAGGGAGUGUCGUCGUGUGAGUGCCAGUUUGCCAGCCUUGACCCACAGUGUCUGCUACGCAACCCUUGCAUCGAGCUGUGUGCCUCUGGGGCCCCUGUGCGGCAUGGCAAGUGUAACUGUUCCUGUGGCCCGACCUAUCUCGCUGAUGACUGCAGCAGCAGCAGCAGCAACAACUGUGAAGGCUAUUGUGAGCACGGGACUUGCUCCAUUGUAAAUGGCAAGCGGAAGUGUUCAUGUGAUGAUGACAAGUACUACACAGGCGAGCGUUGCAAUGAGUGUCAGUGUGAGAAUGAAGGGAAGUGUGCCAAGAACCAAAAUGGGACCAUCAGCUGCGAGUGCAAGUUUGACUUCUCUGGUGACCUGUGCAAUGUAAAAGGAUCAGAGAUGGGCACGGCUGGCGGGUCUUCCGGUGGCACAAAUCCUCUUAUCAUCGUUAUUCCCAUCGUUGUUUGUCUGCUACUGAUCAUAGUCAUCGCCGUCAUCGUUGUUUUUGUCCUCAGAAAGAGAAAGAGGAGGACCUCCCAGUAUGGCCACAAACGUAUGGACGACAGGGGAGGCAACAUGAACGUCACCAACCCCGUCUACAUGAAGAGAGACGGUGAAGACGAUGAUGAGGAUGAGGAAGAUCCCUUGGCUUCAGGGCUCAUCUUUACUGGAGACGCGACUACAAACUUUGCCAAUCCAAUGUACGAUGUCUACAGCAGUGACAGCACGCAAAAGUUGCUGCGAGAAGAGAACCACAACUUUGACGACUUAUCUGUGCAGUACAUGGGCACGGAUCUUCCAGGAGAUGUGCCAGAGACGCGUUCCUCUGUGGCGUAGCGACACGUGCGGACAACGCAUGACGGAAGCUCAUGGGUGUACAGUGUGCUGUGUGACUGAGCAUGGAUGUGGGUGUGCUUGAGAUGUGUGAGGCAAAAGGAACUGAUGAUGAUAAGACAGUGUGUGUGUGUCUUUUUGUGUGUGUGUGUGAAUGUGCGUGUGCGUGUGCAUGAUAGCUGUGUAAGUGAGAUAUUUCCAGGUGUGUUGUAUAUUUGCUAAAGCAAUGAUGCAUAUAUAAUUAUCUUGUACAUUAGGCACUGAGGACUGAGAUGAGCCCUCAAAGGCUUUUGGCAUUCCAGAGAAGAGGGGAAGACAUUGACUGGAGCAAUACCUGUUUAUGGGAAGAGGAGGGGAGGGAGGGGAAGAAAUAUGAACAGAAGCUGUGGUGACUUGUCAGUUUAUACCCCCUGACCAGUGGCUGAUUCAGGCCCCUGGACGUUGUGUCAUGAUGAUGUAUGUGUUUGAUGUUAUGUGACCUUUUUUAAUUGUGUGUUCAGGACAGACAAGAGCUGUCCGUGUGAGGGACUGAUUUUUACAUCACUUUUUAGAAUGUAAAUGCUGCAGUGAUUGAAAUGUUGCCAUGUGAUUGAACUGUGAGAAAUGUUGGUGGGAUUUUGUCAUGUUUUCUUGGCUCCAGAGCGUUUUUGAUAUGCUGAGAGAAAUUGUUUUAGAAUUUUAUUCAACCUUAAAAUAUUGGCAAAAAUAUAGCAGAGAAGAGAUUAAUCAGGUCAGUUGGUUCUUGAAGGGUAAAUUAAACUGUAAAAGCUGGAGAUGUACAUACUGAUAAUCAUUGUUCAAGCGGCUCUGAAAAUAUUAAAUUUAGAUGCUAGUUGUUUUCCGGCACAAACAAUCAGUGAAUAUUGGUUAUUGAGAGUGGUGUUGUUAUUCCAUUGUAUCUUACAGCAGUCUGCUGGGUGUUCCCAUGCUUCCAGCUUUUCCCCACAUGCAGCCUCAAGUUUACCCAAAGAAUUGUUUGUUUCCCAACCUCCAGUCCUUCUUUCAUGGAACGGACAUGACCACUGGACUGUAAGUGCAAUGACAGAACGCUCCUCGUUAGUAAGCAUUACACCGUUUGUGACUGCUCUCAGUUAGUUUGUCCAUAGAGUGGAAGAAAGUGGUGGUGGAAUGAUUCCUUCAAUGACCUUCAUUUGUACGCAAGUGUUUGAUUGGGAUUUGUAAUACAGGGGAUAGGGGAUAUUUAUUGUGGGUUAAAGCAAAAAGACAAGCGCUAAAAUUGUGGUAAUGACCUUUGCUUGUUGAGAAAGUGUCACUAAUGCUUGUCCUGUUGGUCUGCCACACAAAUACCAUGCCCCCCUCCACCCCACCAUACACACACACCCUUGCCCUGCUAUACUUUCUACAAUGACCCUCACCACUUUGCCUCCCCAAAUUCUUUUGCUUUGUGUUCGUUGUUGACAUAUGAGCAACUUCCAUCUUGUAAGUGUAAAUGAUAAACAAACUUGCUGUUCCAUGGAAUCUGUUUACUUGUCCAUGUUUGUUUGCUAUUUUAUUUGAAGUAGCUUAUCAUUUGAUUGCAUUGAACUAUUAUUUCUAGUGAUACAUUUGGAAGUGUUUUUUAGAUUACAUUUUGCAUAGCUGUUGUAAAGGGAAUCACAUAGGUUCUUUAUUGACUUAGCCUCUGUUACCUCAGCUUUUGCUGUGUACAUUCCAGUUUCUGGGGACAGAUGGGACUCAAACGUGAAGGGUUUGUUAAUGAAAUCAUGUCUGUGCUGUAUAUCCUCAAGUGGUCAAAUUCUGGUACUGUCCCAGCCCCCUCCACCAUCCCUCUCCCCCUCCCCCUCACUGUGAUUCCCUGUGGCCAAGGUAUGGUGGCAGCUGUGAUGUGCUGUGUAUUGUCUGCUGUUUUCUCAGAGCUUCCAGUACAGUCUUGAGUGCACACUUCCUUCUGGUUGUCUUAUUUGCACAACAACAACAACAACAACAGUUUCAAAAUGUCAGCAUUGCCCAAUACCCUGUUUGUUUGACUGCAAUCGACUACUUUAGCCCGACAGAGGAGUUUCAUUUCAAAAUGUCUGCCUGCGCAAGUAGUUGUGUGUCCAUCAACAAUCAACAUUUCUUUUGUAGAUGAUUUGGUUUUAAAAUGUUUGCAGCUGCUAUCAAUAUUUACCUACAACAAAAGUGAUAAGGUUUUAAAACGUUUACAACGACUGUCCAUAUUUGCUAAAUAGAUGUCGGUGGCUUUCAAAAUAUGCUUAAAAGUUUGGGUUGUAGUCUGGAGUAACGAGCGCUGGCCAGUGUGUCAACUGUUAGGCGGAAGAGUGGGCUCGUCUGCUGUAUGCCCGAACAAAUGCAGGGAAGUGAAAUGUAUAGAAGAAACUGUAUACAAAGGUGUUUAGAACACUGAAACUCUUGUCUUUGCAUUUGCGUGGUAUCUUGUGUUUUUAAGGGUCAAUUGUUUUAAUAAGAGGUUUUUGUUUUCUCUUGAGUUCCCUCCUUGCUUGGACAUUGACAGGAGUCUUCCUGUUUUGCCAUUUGACAGUCGUCAUACUUACUCUGGUCUUAACAUGAUUCUUAUUGCUCUCCGUGACUAUUUUUAAAAAAUCACAUAGAAACUGAGAAGAAUUGCGUAUUAGCGUUAAUUUUCUUCCCUAGAGUUUUCUUCGCUGGUUCUGAGAUUAGCAUUUUCAAAAAGUUGUCUAUGUUGAGUUGACUGGACUAAAGUUUUAGCUAUAUUCACCACAGACUUCCAUCUCUCGACAAGUGUACUUUGGUUUUGCUUUUGGUUCUAAUUCUUAAGAAAGAAGUAUACACUUUUUUAUGUGUACACUUUGAAUGCUAUCUCAUUUUAUACAGAAAUCACUUGUAGUAACCGCAAGAUUUGUUUAGUUGGGGUUCUUUUAGGGGAAGGGGGUGGGGGGUGUCUAUUGUGACUUCAUGGUCUAUUGACCGCCAGAGUUGGAAGAACCUGUAGUGCUGCUGAAAGUCCCAGGUGCUGGCACAGAGACCCUUGACUAUGUUAGGUAGGGCGGUACAAUCUGUGUGGCCAUAAACUCCGCUUAUGCGCCCUGUUGGCGGUAUGUGCUUCAAGGUGGACAGCAUGAAUGAAAAAAAGACUAGUAGUAUUAUAGUAUAGCGUGUUAACUUUUACUGCACAGAAAUUAAAAGGCUUGAUGGAUUGCUGUGAGGGUGUGUGUAUAGAUUUGUGUAUUUCCUGUGUUUGCAAAAGUAAGACGGCGUGAGUGUAAGUGUGUGUGUGUCUGUGUCUGUGAGUUUGUAAAAAUAAGGCAGUGUAGACUGGCUUGUCCUGCCUUUUUAGGGCAUGGUUUUGAUUCUGAGGAUCAAGCAUCCCAUAUUCAAUGUGAUUUUUAGCCAUAUACUUUUAUAAGAGGUAUAUAUUGUUCUUAGCUGUGUUUUCUGUAAUGUAUCUAUUUUAAUUUGUUAUAUCGUAUAUAUAUAUAUACAAUGAUUUCUAUAUUUCCCAAAGAUUUCCCAAUUAACUUAACAUAUCAUAUUUUGUGUAACGUCUAGAUUUGUUGUCAAAGUAAUGAGCUCGCUGCUGUUGUGUAACAUAGUGAGUCCUGCACGUACAGAUGUGAGGUGAGUCAGUUGCCGCCUUUGUCUGUGUCAGCUGGCCUCGUGUUCUCGUGGUGUCACCACCUUAUCGUCGUCAAGCUGUUAAAAAUGUACUGAGACCAAGUAGCAAAAUAUUUCAGGAAAGAGAAAAAAACUGUUUCAUUCUUUUAGCAAAUUGUACCUCUACAUUAUGUAUUUUCUCUUGCUUUUUAAAAAAAAUUAAGAAUUUGAUUUUGGACAGAGUAUUCGGCUGUGGCUGGAAAUUCCGGCAUGAGAAACUUGCGUCGAUCUCCUGAAGCACGGGUUUCUUCAGUUUACCUAACAACUGUCUAAAAAAAGUCUGACUUUUUAACUCCGCUGCUCGAGUUCAAACAUAAAUCGACAGUACGUGGGUGUUUCAAUUAUCUUUUCAGGCAAAUUCCCUUGAGAUGCUAUGAGUUUGAAAGUUUUCAGGCAAAAUGGUUGUGACCAACUUUUACCCAUGAGAAUAUCUUGAGCACAUGCAACCUAUACUGCAGCUUUUAAUACUGUACUGUAAAAGCUGCAAUUUAAAAAGUGGUUAAAAUUUGGGGCCAAGUACAUCUGAACAGCUGAUGGAUGAUAUGAUGACGUUGUCAGUGCCAGUGUCAAAGAAUGUUGACAUGACUUCUGGUGAGGUGACAUUGGCUAGUGACGUCAGUACUUGGUGGGCCAGGGCUGUGUAGAGCAAUGUCUUUUGUGUUACGGUUUUGAGACUAGUGGGCGGGUUGUAACCAGUACAGAAACACUCACGGCAACAACAAAGGGGGGGAAUAGGGGAAGGGGAACGGGAAUAAAGAAUGGGCAUAUCAGAUGAUGAUGACAAUUUUGGAUAAAUGCAGUAAUCCAGUGAGGUGAUCAGCCCUGACUCUUCUUCAAGCUGUGUGCUACGACCGGAACAUCGCAAUGGGGGCAUGGGCAGAUGACACAAUAUCCCAUGCAUAUAUACCCUCACCCUCACGUCGACAUGUUCCCAAUGGGGACGUGUGUAGAUGACAACAUUAUCUCAUAUACAUGUCCUCAUCUGUCUGUGUGGGUCAGUUCUGUAUUAUCAUGGACAUGUGCAUGUAUUAUAAGUGUGUGCUGGUUUGUAUGUGUGCGAGUAGUAACUGCAGUCUUCUUACUCUAUAUAACAUUCCGUUGCUUCCUGGUUCCACACAGAUUUUUCCAUUAAUUUAUUCCUGGAAUUUCCACCUAUCUGAAGGCUGUGCCUGCAGCGCCGUACUCCGAAGUUUUAAUGUAAUGAGGACUCCGCAGUAAUGACACAUCAUGGCAGUCUAUGCUGGCUUCCCAUUUCCCGUUAUCAAACUUUUGUUUGUGGCAGGCAAGAAGGGGGGGGGGAGUGUAUGAGCUGGAGAGAUGUGGUGUAGAUUAGGGGGAAGUGGUGAGGGAGAGAUGAUAGAGGCACAGCUUGAGGAUGGAUUAAUUUUCCUCCUGCAAAUUUUCUCCCUCUAUCCAGGCUUCUUGAUACAUGUCUUGGAUGUGAUGGGAGAAAAUUUCUGUCAUAGCUUGUUCACUUUUGUCUGACUGAUCAAAAAAAUUUCAGCUCAUUUGUUAAUUUACAAUUGUGCACGUAACUUUUAAUGGCACUCCCGUAGACCAGGAACCAAACAAAAACAUUUUUUGAAAAAUCUUUAUCCAGUAAUAAAAAAAAAGUAUAUUUAAUUGGGUGCAUACACAGGAUCACCACAAUAAAUAGUUAACAUUAACCUUGCCUUCAAAUUACUUAUUUUGAGAUGGCGACACUAGCCUGUCCCCAUAUUUCAGUGUGAGCUUGUAGAUUUCCUCCCAAGACUGUCUAGACGUCUCCACGUGAGUCUCACAGCAUACACACCUGACUAUUGGAAUGUGUUUCAUUGGCGUGCGCUAAAGUGUGGUGUUGAUGAAAAUAGGUCGUCUGAACCUUAUUUUGCAGUGGCCUUCAGUACUUGGCUUCUAGAUUCCGUUGAUCAUCCAACAUUUAGACCCACAUGUAAAGGCCUGAAGAGAUUAAACUGAGCAGUUUAUUUUGAUCUUGUUUUAACUGCGAACAGAUAAAAAAAAAGUGAACAAACUGUAGAUGGCUAUGCUUCAUAGUCUCAGAUUAAUUUAUCUAACAAUGAAUAUGGUUGUUCUGAUAUAAAAAGAAAAGUUGUUGCUUGGUCAGUGAAAAUCUUGUGUGCUUACUGGAUUGUUAGACAGAUUACUGUGACAGGCUUAUCUUGGUCAGUAGAACCCCAACCCCCCCUCCACCCCCUCCACCCUUAGUAGAGCUUGUCCUCCCUCAGUUGAUGAUGUUGCCAGGGGCUUGCCUCAUUAGUUGUAUCCUGAAAUAGUUCUAAGUAUGUUUUGCCUCUUUCAAACAUAUUCUGUGUUAUGAUUUUUAUAAUGUCGGAGUGUGCGAGUGUUGUCCAUAUACGGAACUGUCAGCUUUGUUCUGUUAAUCCCUUGAUAUCCCUAGAAUCUAUGGGUGUAGGUGUGUGUGUGUGUGUGUGAGUGUGAGUGUGUGUGUGUUUGUUGUGUCUUCCAGAUGUGUUCUGCUGUGUACACUUCGACUGUUUGGGUCCGGUUUGACCUCUGAUGAUGUAUGUCGAAAGAAGAGCUACUGGAGACUCUAUCUUUUAUGAAAACCUGAAAUCCAUGAAAGGUCCAGCAUAUGUGCUGGUCUUUAUCACUAAAGGGACUCAGGUGGGUAGUUGGAGGGCACCAGUGGUCAGUCCUACUUCUUCUGUAUUCCUGUUUUGUUUCUGUAUAUCUACUUUGCUUUCCCCCCCAACAUUAAAUGACCACUCUUGUUUGUAUUGAUGUGUUUUUCUUAAUUCAAACUCAGAUUCAGGAAUUCAUGUCAGGGAGACACUUUAUCUUGCCAUGGUGACAACUCUUUCGUAAAAUCUGUUUGAGUUCUUUGUUGAGAUAAGGUUUGGGGGAAAGGAGGGAGGGUUUUUUUUGGGGGGGGUGGGGAGGGGGCACACAUGUGGGUCACUUGGUUCAUAGCCAUUGGUCUACUGUUCUUUAUCUUUGUUUCCGUUGCCUGUUGAGUUGUUUUUAAUGUGUUUGUGUCUAUCCCUCUCAAAGUUCAGUAAUGUGUAUACUGAAGUUCUACGUAUGUUACUAUUCUUUGCCUAUUGCCAUUCUACAGAUCUGUGAAGGAAGAUGAAUAAAUUGUUACUUGUAUUUCUUGAAGAUGCAAGAGUAUCGUAGCAAUAAUAUUUCCAAGAAUGGAAUUGCCGGCUUGUUUUAGGGGUGGCCUCUUUUUUUACCGCUGAAGGUUUUGUAAGGCUUAGAGAUGUUUGUUUUCUCCAUCACUGUCAUGUACAAAAUGUGCGGUACGUGCACGGAA